ACAGUGAAUCUGCGAGUCAACGAUGCAGUAAUAAUGGCAACACCACAAAGGAAAAGAGCAAUGAGAAGUUUGUCAAUACAACUCAACGUAGACUAAGCCAUGAACUUGAACAAGUUCAAAGUUAUGUAUAUCUUCGGGUGGUUAUCAAGGACGACGGUGACUGAGAGCACCGAAUGCCAUAAUAAGUUCCAAAAAAAUCUCCGGAAAGGCGAAGCUACAUUUAUACAAAACAAUACUAAGACCAACAGUGAGCUACGGAGGCGAAACGUGGAUUCUAAAUAAAGCAGAGGAAGAGAAUAUGGGAAAGAAAAAUACUCAGGUAAAAAGGAGGAAGAAUUAUGGCUGAGAAGAACAAAUUAUGAAAUAAGGAAUCUACUGGAGAAGCAGAACAAAGCAAAAUAAUAAAGAAUAGAGUGGCUGGGUCACAUACAGAGAAUGCCACAAAAAAAUUGAUGGGCACAAGAAGGAACAAUAAAAAAGGAAGACCAACUGUUGCAUCAAUUGAACUGAAAAUGGUUUUCAUUUGAGUUUGUUUAAAAUGCGAUGAAUUGUUCGCGUCGGUAAAGUAAGACCUAUCUCUAUUGGAGGCAUUUGGAGAAGCCGUAAAAUAACCCAAAACAUCAAGUACGUUUAUGUCACUGUCCACUAAUGGUUUAUUUUUCUCAAUUUUUGUCUUCAAUUGACCAAUCUAACAGCAGUUUUUAAGCAAUCUUUUCACAAUAUCACCAUUUCGUUCAACAAUUUGACGUAUAACACACGCUGUCUUCUCCAAAGAUUUUCCUCGUUGGUCUGCUGCUAGACAAUCUCUGCCGAUUUCCAAGCAACGUUUGGAAGUACUUAAGGCUGAUCUUUGGUCAGAAGUUGUCAAAAGCAGUCAUCACCAAGACGCCUGGACAUGGGGAGGAAUGCUGGUGGUAUCCGUAUCUGUUGCAGGAUUGGUCACUUUGGCUGCUAUGACCCAACCAUCUUUAGCGCCCGAGGCCAAGCAUUCCCUACUUCAAUAUGUCACCGGAAAAUAUCUGUUACCGUCAAAUUGUAAGGUAAAUUUUCAAUGGUCAUGUCCUCAUCCCGUGGGCCAAACAGUUUGUUUUACUGUGCAAUUCUACCAACGUAAUGGACAGCCUUAUCCAAUCUGUGAUACUGAUAAUUUUACUGUUGAUGUUUGUGGAGGUUCAAGAAAGUUAGCCGUUAUAACGGAAUUGGGUUCUCCAACGGAUCCGAACAGCGCUAAUGUUGCAAAAGUUAAAUUUACCGUCCGACACGCUGGUCAGUAUCGAAUUUCCGUAAUGGUUGGUACUCAACACGUGGCCGGUAGUCCUUUUACAACUGUAUUCGUUGCCGGACCAGCUUUUGCCCAAAGGACCAUGGUUGUGAGACAUUGCAGCACUGUCGUAUGUACUGCUAAUGUCGCUCAUUUAUUGUACAUCGAACCUAGAGAUGAAUAUAGCAAUAUUUGUCGUUAUUUGUCCACCGACAAUCCAACAGAGGGUUAUACUGUCGAUAUAAUACAAUUAGGAAGUCAAUCGCACGAAUCUGAAUUAGACAUAGACAAAGAAAAUUUCACCACUAGCUUAGAUUAUGAUUGGGAAAGCCAACGAGUUAGCGUACAAUUAAAAUUUUUUAGAGAAGGCUGUUAUCACUCUACUAUUUAUUAUCAUGGUACGGAAUUACAUAAUGGAGACUUUGAUAUUAUCGUUUUAAACAGCGUAGAUUCUACUCUAGUUCAUAAAAACGUUGCUUCUAAAAAUCAUAAUAUUUGUUACGAUGCAAAAUUAGUUGGGAUUCACGGAGAAAGAAUACCAAAACCUAAAAAAGUUUUAUGUUACGUUUCACCAAAACAACUUAUAAUUAAGGAACUUAUUUUGAAGUUUAUACCAAAGAGACUGUUCACUUUUAGGUUAUGUCCAUCAACCAAGUUUACUUUCCAUGCAGAUACAUUAAAAUUCAGCGAAUUCUACUCUUCUUCUUUCACUGUAGACGACGGCUGUCAGCCAAAAAUAGAAUUAGUUUCGAAAGACAGGAAUGUUAUAGCAGCCACAUUCGCACAAUUCCUUUUAAAGAACAUGGGUGGAUCGGAAACAUUCAAAGACAAACAAGAUUUCUUUUAUCACGAAGUAAGGAAAUUCCAUCAAAAACAUUACCAUGAGAAAAUAUCCAUGAAAGUAAACAGAGAGAAGUUACUGGAGUCUAGUAUGAAGGCGACAAAAAAUUUCUCUGUUUCAGAUUGGUGUAAGAAUUUUGAAGUUAAUUUUCAAGGUGAACAAGGUAUUGAUUGGGGAGGCUUAAGAAGAGAAUGGUUUGAAUUAAUAUGCGAACAACUCUUCGAUGCCAAAUAUAAAUUAUUUACAAGUUUCCACGAAGGACAACAAUCUUUGGUACACCCCAAUCCCGCAAGAGGUUCCCAUAUUAAAUUGAAACAUUACGAAUUCGCUGGAAAAGUUGUUGGAAAAUGUUUAUACGAAAGUGCGUUAGGUGGAUCUUACAGGCAGUUAGUUAGAGCUAGAUUUACUAGAUCUUUUUUAGCACAAGUGAUAGGACUUCGAGUACAUUAUAAGUAUUUCGAACAAGAUGAUCCAGAUUUGUAUCUAUCGAAAAUAAAAUACCUUUUAGAUCAUAAUAUCGACGAAAUAGAUACUGAAUUGUAUUUCGUUGAAGAACAAUACGAUUCUAACGGACAGCUAGUCAAAACCGUCGAAUUAGUCCCGAACGGUUCUAAAAUUAAAGUCGUAAAUAGUACAAAACAACAUUAUUUAGAUGCUCUAGCGCAAUAUAGAUUAGCUACAAAUAUAAAAGACGAAAUGGAAGCUUUCCUUAGAGGAUUAAACGAGUUGAUCCCCGAUAAUCUUUUGAGUAUAUUCGAUGAGAACGAAUUAGAACUUCUUCUCUGUGGUACCGGUCAGUAUAGUAUCGCAGAUUUCAAAGCCCAUCAUGUUGUUAACGGUAACUCUACAGAAUUCCGAAGAAUAGUUGGUUGGUUUUGGGCGGCAGUGGGUAACUUCACACAAGAAGAAAUGGCUAGGUUGCUACAAUUCACCACAGGUUGCUCUCAGUUACCUCCAGGUGGAUUCAGAGAAUUAACACCUCGGUUUCAAAUCACUGCAGCUCCUACUUUUGGAAAUCUCCCAACCGCACAUACUUGUUUCAAUCAACUUUGUCUACCUGACUAUGAUUGCUAUGAACACUUUGAAAAAUCUCUUUUGUUGGCGAUAAGUGAAGGCACAGAAGGAUUUGGAAUGGUUUGACCACAACUGUGAUUUAUUUAAGAUAUUAGUAACAUAUUUUCGUUACUUGAUUAUAACCAAAAGAUAUUACAUGAAAAAAAAGGUUGCUUAUAUAAUAUUUUGUGUAUGUCCAGAAUUGCAUAACUACUAUAAAAACAAAUUAAUGCUGUUAUUCAUUCAUUGAAACAAAUAUUGAAAAAAUAUAAAAGUGGUACGGUUUUACGGUUUUUUCGAAGUUGAGUAUAAUAUUUUUACUUAUAUUGUGAAUCACAAUUCCCAAUUUAGUUGUCGUAUUCAACUAUGGUGCAAAAUCCUAAUUAAAGUAUUAGAUAUUGGCAUCCAAAUUUGGUUAUUAUUAUAAUAUAUUAUUACUUUGACUCAUCUGUAAAACUUUAACAGUAAAGUUUUUAAAGGCUCUUCUGGUUCACCAAGUAAUGGAAUGAAACUUUACCACCGGAACAGCACAUUCUAUUAGUUUCAUCUUUCCAUUUGAAAGCAUCGCAAUAGUGACAUUUUCUAUUCAUUGAGCCAAUAACAAUCAAAGGAUGAUUAUGAUAUUAAAUGAAGGAUCUUAUUGAAACCUAGUACCAUUGAAUACCGACCAAUCCUUACGCAUGAAUUUACGACGGCGUGUGGUCAGCUUUUCUGCAUUAUCAAUUCUUCUUGCCUGCGAUUGUUCUGGCGUUUCUAUCGCUCUUCUAGCUGCCUGCAACGUAGCUUGUCUUCCUGAACGAACUCGUAUCUGAAGAGGAGUUUCAGCUGCUCUCAAAACACUUUGUCGCUCUGCUUGCUGUUGUCUUCUCACGUUUGCUGCACGGGGCUUUUGCUUACGAUGCAUUUUUGAAGAAGAACAGAGUAAGAAUUAAAACAAAAAAGUAAGAUCUAAAAUAAUGAUAAUGACACAUAACCUCAAAAAUUCAAAUAGUUCUACACCGCAUAUAUAAUGGCAAUAAUAACAAUAAAUAAAAAAAAUCCUAAUAGCUGAAACUAUAGUCAAUUGAGUAGGAUAUUGAUGUGACCGUUGGUUGGUAGGGUACUCAGGGUUGGAACUCCAUUACAGGAUGCUAGAUGGCGUUGAGGAAGCUAGACUUUAAGAUUUUUGACACAAAAUUGUUUUAUAUCACGUUAAACAUAAUUUUUUUCAUAAAAAGUAUCUGUUAUUUCUAAUACCUUCAAGAAUAUGUGUACAAAGUUUUAUGAUGAUCGAUUAAGUAGUUUAUAAAGAAAUAAUCAGUAUUACUUAUUAGGUUUUUAGUGUAAUGACGCAAAUUUGGGAAAUAAAAUAUUUCCUUGUUUUAAUUUUAAUUUUUGUAAUAAAUAUGAAAAUACUAGAUAUUUCAGAAACAGUGAUGAUAGGAAUAAGACAUUGUACUUGAAUUAUGUCUAGACUUUUCUGAAGAAUCUGAAUAAUAGAUAAUAUGCGAGGAUGUAUUUAAAAUAAGAAACUUGACAUUGGCCACUGUCACAUGACACACGCUAUAUAAUUUAUUUAUAUUUAUAUUAAAGUAUUCAAGCGUUUUUACCAAUACGCCGUCAUUUAUUUAUUAACGAAUUUAUUUCAAUUAGCAGUUUCACUUCGUAGUUUUGAGCAAUAUAUAAUCAUUUGAAAUGCUGUUUCUCAACUAGAAGAUAAUCAAGAUGAUAAAAUUUCGUAAUAUGUAUCAAAAUAAGUAGUUAAGCAAAGUAUUUCACCUGAACGUACACAAAAGGUAGCUAUAUAAUUUUAAUUUAAAAAUAUAUAUUUGUUAAUUAAAUCUCUGCACCCUUAUAAUGAAAAAAUGGUAACCAGUAUUUAAUACUUAUCAAAAGAUUACCUUUUAGUUCUACAAUCAGUUUGUCUAUAUAUUAGUUUUGUUAAAGUUUUUCUGAUCUAAGUAAACUAUACUAUCUUCAAUAGAAAUGAUCAAUCCGAAUCAUCUAAUCCAUAGCUACGGUACUCGCAUCAAGACCUAGAUGAGUUGUCAGUCUUCUAUAAGCAACCAUUUUCCAAUUUGGCAAUAAUGGAAGCUUUCUGAAUUUCAGUUAACCAAGAAGACAUUGAGUACAUUUUUAAUUCAAUUGAACUCUAAUUGAUUAUUGAAUUAUGUGUCACUGGCAGUGACAGUGACAUCAGGUAAUAACUUUUAUUUACAACCAUAUAUGACAUUCUGUCAUUACUAAUGUCAUUGAAGGUUGGAAAGUGUCAUAUUACACACAUCUACUUCCCUACUUCCUAAAAUUUUUCUCAUCUAUUCUAGAUGAAUAUUUUUUAUAUUUAAAAAUAUAAAUAUUAUAAUACCUAUUGAAUGGAAAAACCAACAAUGGACUAAAAUAUAACAAACUACUUAUUGAAAUUAAUGGUUAAAAAAGGCCAUUUUUCACUACCUGGGUACAGAAACAUAUUAAAAGCACUACCACAGAUUUAUACUUUUGUAUUUACUUACAUUUAUAGUUUUUUCACUUUCGAAGAAGUAUUAUUUUUACAAUUUCAAUUACUGUGUACUUAAUAUCAGUUUUUGUGUAACAUAUUUUAUGUAACCAUUAUGUAUUUUCUAAUUCCAUCGAUAAGUAUUAUUUAAUUAUUAUUUAUUAUAAAAAAAGACAAGAACAAUGGAAGAAACUUCAACAAAUAAAAUGAAAACAUUUUAACUAUCAA